CUCAGUUUUGAAAGUUUCCGUCGAGCCUCCUGAGACAGCCCAUAGAAGACAGAAUGUGGUUACGGAAAGUUGUGCUUGGGGUUGGAGAUCCAUUCCAGUGAAAGAAUUGAUCCCAGUGGCCGAGGGGUGACGGAACCAUGUCUCAGAGUACCGAAGAUGCCCUGGAGUUGUGCAAGUCCUCUGUGGAGACCGUACAGGCCACUUUGGUGUUGUUUAAUUCUGUGGAGAAGUUAUCUUCCACAUUGGGUGCGUUGGGCCCAUUGAUUGGGGUGGCCGCAGCCAUUAUGAAACUAGCCCUGGGCGGUGUGGACAGUCCGGAGAUGGCCUUCAUGAAGGAACAGUUCCAAGCCGUUAGAAACCAACUGGAUGUCAUCUCAGGGCAGAUUUCCAAAGUCCUUCAGGAGAUCAGUAGAAGCACGAUGGAAAAUCAGUAUUUCCGCAUUCAGGAAAACAUCAAGAGCCAGUUCAGGAAGUACAUGGACAUCCUGAGAGCAGCACCAGAGUACCGGCAGAAGGAGAAGGAAGAAUUUCUCAAACACUUCGACGAGACCAAGACAGACCAGAACCUGCACAGUCUGUAUGAUGGAGUGAUGGGUUUUACCGGAUGUUUUGGCAAAUCUAUCCUGGACACCGCCAUGGACAGUAGCGAGAGGAAUCGUCGUCUGAUGGAGAGCCUUUGUGCCGCAUUGAAGAAGCUCUUUUGUGUCGGUGUGAUUGCUCUGGUGGGGCACGCUGCCAUCACCGGGAACGACGCAAAGGCGCUAGAGGUGGAAUGGAAUGAAAAACUGGCCCGAGUCGAGGGCAGAAUGAACUCCAUGAUAUCUCGCUGCAUCUAUGAGUUUGAAGAGCAGGCGAGGAUGGAUGUGAAUAAAUGGGUGCAGUGUAAGGGCGGGAGGGAUAACCGUGAGUGUUCAAGUUAUGUCCUGAAUCAAUUAGUACAGAAAUACAACUGGGUUCAUUGGUCAGUGCGUGUCUAUGAUCCUGUCCAUGCCUAUGCCAAUCACUGUGUUAUCGGCUGUCACUACUUUCACUUUUUCAGGCAUAACGGUGUUAAUAUUGUCGUCUCCUACACCACCAACCCAAGUCCAGUUGAUGAGUUUCGCAUCCGGCAGUUAAUGAAGGGGAAGGAGCACUGGAGUGACCCAAAAAAAGUGGUGGAUCAUAUCCAUGGCAACCUCCCUGGGCAUGUUGUCCACGUAGUGAGGCGGUACAAAAAUCUGUGGUACGCUUCCAACUUCCCCGGUACAUGUCACUUCUGGGAGAACUACAGUGGUGUCACCCUGUGUGUUCACAGAGAAUAAACCUUUGAUUGCACCGGGACACCCCAUAUAAUUCCCUAUUGCUAUUUUGUCUGUCUGUCCCUGACACGCAGAAUAAAUAUCGCCCCUCCCCCCUUUCCCCAAAUACUCUUUGAAGAUUAUUCAGAAAGGCUUGGAAUGUGCACUCCUCAUCUCUAUAACCAACCAUCUUAGUGCCCUCAGUGGAAAUUAAGACCCACCACCAAGGAUCCAACACUCUUUUCACGCUCAACCACCCUCCCUUGUAUGCGAGGUAGCGAACGUGGAUCCAGCUGCCAGAUGCAGUCGGAUCCACACACCCCUUCCCAAAAGGUAGUCACAAAGGGAGCACAGAGCCUACGCUGCAGGGGUGAUGAAGGUGCGUUGGUUCACGUCGGUGGUAGUCUGAUCGAGGCCCUCUCUACAGGCUUCUCUUAAGUAUUAACAAGUAUUAACCCUGUUCCUACAAACACAUCUUUAAAACUCCCAUCAGAGGAUUUGCCAGGGUUAAUGCUGUGAGGUGGAAUACGAAAAACCAACUGUGGAUAAGCCGGGAGACUGGGCUGUAAAUGUGUCAGGCCGGGGACCACCCAUUCCCACUAAAGGGCAGUUUCAGUUGUCGUUUGUUCCUGCGAUAAUAAAAUCGGUGCUGCUGUCUGUAACAAUGGAACUUUUACAAUCAGAUAUCCUGUAAACUAUACUAUACUGUACUAAACUAUGCAAUUGUUAGUUUUUUCUCAA